AUGGACUCAAGUCUGGCCCAAGGGCUGGCCGACAAGGACCUGGAUAAGAAACAGCACAGUUUGAACGGAUCCAAUGCAAACGAUGAACCUCCUACCAAAAAGGCACGACUAGAUCCUUCCUCAGAAAUGGAUGGGUCAGAGCGCCCGCCGCGUGAGAGUGGAAUUGCGCCCAUCAAAAAAGAGUAUAUACCCCCAAGCAUUCUGCUCAAUCCCAAGCAACCAGCAAUUGACGAGACCAAUGCCGACGAUGCUGCCGAGGAAGCGUCUCAUAUUGAACGCGAAGGCGAGUCUGGCGGCAAGAAGGACAAGAAGAAAAAGAAGCCCACGGGCCAGAACACCAACCGUAGCUUCGGCAGCUCGAGGGAUGCGAAGGCUCUUUGCUUGUCUCGAGCAUUUUCUCCCGAGUUUUCGCCAAAGGAGUGUACCUACGGAGAUAAAUGCCGUAUGGAGCAUGACUUACGGGUCUAUCUGACAGAGCACAAGCGCGAGAACCUUACAACCUUCAACAACCUUUGCCCUGUGUGGGAUACUUUCGGGGAAGUGUCACUCCGGGUGGAAGUGCCGCCUGAAGAUGGCAAGAAAGAGCUUAUUCUGCUGGAGGACGAUGAGCGGAAGGCGAGGUACAAGCCAAGGGUUCCAUUCGCCUCUGAAGAUGGGCUUGUCAAUAUUAUUUCUGCGGAAGACAAGCUCGCGCUUUCUCGCAAGCGAGAUGAACUCACUCGCGCGAACGCCGUUACCCAGUGGCUUAACACGGUUUCAAAGGAGCUAGAAAGAGAGAUGCAAGGUAGAGGAGAGCAGAAGGAAGGCGAGGAUACUCCAACCAACGAUGCCGACGAGGCCAAGGAAGUGCGAGAAGAACAACGAGCGACGUACACUGAACCGCCAUUCUUGCCCUCUGAGAAACGCCGCAUCUAUUUCGGUCCUGAGACUCCAACACUCGCCCCUCUGACGACUCAGGGUAACUUGCCAUUCCGACGACUAUGUACUGAUCUCGGUGCCCAGUUCACCUACUCUGAGAUGGCCCUAAGCUUGCCAUUGAUUCAAGGUCAGAAGUCUGAGUGGACUCUACUGAAAGCCCAUGAGUCGGAAAUGCUUCCUCCAACCAUUACCUCCGGGGAGAACGUCGUUCAAGGAUAUGACAACUCUAAAGAUAUGAAGUUCGGCGCUCAGAUCGCUGGAAACAAGCCAUGGCAGGUCCUCAAGGCAACAGAGGCUCUGUCAAAGUACACUCCUAAUUUGCGUGUCAUCGAUCUCAAUUGUGGGUGUCCCAUCGAGCUGUUAUUCCGUGAAGGUGCCGGCUCUGCCCUCCUUGAUCACCAAUCUAAGCUGGAGAAGAUGCUUCGGGGUAUGAAUAUGGUCUCCCAAGAGAUCCCCAUCACUGUCAAAAUUCGAAUGGGAACCAAGGACAACUCCCCAACGGCACAAAAGCUUAUUGAACGCCUCGUUAUGGGUGGGCACGAAUCAAACCGGCUUGAGGUUGGCCCUCCGGGUGUUGCCGCUAUUACGCUUCAUGGGCGAAGCCGACAGCAGCGAUAUACACGUCAGGCAGACUGGAGCUACAUUGCGGAGUGUUCGGCCCUGAUCAAGCGCAUGAACGAGACAAACGCUUCAAUUACCGACACUAUCCGCCAACCCGAUGCUCGGUACCUGCCCAAUGGAGGCAAGACCUAUUUCCUCGGCAAUGGUGAUUGUAUUUCGCACAUUGACUACGACGAGCACAUCCGCAAUGCUGGUGUGGAUUCGGUCAUGGUGGGACGCGGUGCCCUGAUUAAGCCUUGGAUCUUCGAGGAAAUCCAGACGGGGCAGUACCUGGACAAGUCUGCAACGGAGCGUCUCGCAUACGUCGAGAAAUUCGCCAAGUAUGGGCUUGAGGCUUGGGGAUCAGAUGAGUAUGGCAUUGGCACGACCCGCCGCUUCCUGCUUGAGUGGCUCAGCUUUACCUAUCGAUAUGUUCCGCUCGGGAUCCUAGAGUAUCUUCCUCCUCGUAUCAACGAUCGCCCCAGGGCCUGGCGCGGACGUAACGAGUUGGAGACUCUUAUGGGCAGUGGGAACUACAAGGAUUGGAUCAAGAUCACUGAGAUGUUCCUUGGCCCAGCACACCCGGAUUUCAAGUUCGAGCCGAAGCACAAGUCCAACGCCUACGAGGCCGAGGGCUAA